UAUAAUAUUACGCACAGAACAACGCCUGUAAAAAAAGAGUCCCCGGACAUUACUUCACCGCUUCUGCUUUGCCAUCUCUCCUUUCCUCCACUCGACUUUCCCUGGCUCUAUUCAUUCGUAAGACAACACUCCUCUUAAUCUAAUCUGCUGCCACUUCUCCAUGACCAUCCCACUUGUUCCAUUCCGCGCCUGGGUCAAGGACCACGGUGUCUCCUCCUCUCUUGUCCCGAAAGAAUCCAGGGGCAAGGGCACCGGCCUCUUUAUUGACCAUGACCAAGAUCCCCAGCAUGUAGAGGGGUCCGACCAGGGCGAACUGCUCUUCAUACCGCGUCCGCUCCUCCUCUCCCGAUCGCGUGUCCUUCAGCUGCAGUCCUUGCCCCUUCAACGGACAUUCGAGGCCAUUGGCCUUGAUAACCUCACCGAGAGACUGGCCCUCAUCCUCUUCCUGGUCUUCCGCAGGCUCACCCUGCAGCAUAAGGAAUGUGAUCAUGAGACUGCGUAUGCCAACGGUUCGUCUGAUGAGUCUGAUGCCGAUCCAAUGAAUCAGAUAUCCUUUUUUGAUCCGUACAUCGCCAUACUUCCAGACAUCUCUACUCCCGUAACAUUGGACCCAGAAUUGGUCCGUGGCUACCUCGCAGGCACGCUGUUACUGGACUCUGUAUGCGCCAAACGGUCAAAGCUCGAGUCCGAGUUUGAGCUUCUGAGCGGCAAUCUGGAUGUGUUUGAAGACUGGCCUGUCCAUCCUUCACUCGAUAACUAUAUUUGGGCUGAUGCGACCUUUUGGUCCCGCGUCCUGUCCUUCGGGACCCAGCUGCGCCAAGAUCAGGACAGCAAGGAGCCGGAGAACAAUCCACCCGAGGACCUGCACAUGGUCCCCUUUCUAGACUUUGCUAACCACGCAACGGAGCCUAACAUUCGAUGGGAGGUAGAUGCGGAUGGACUUCGCGCUUGGGCCAAGCCUUCGUUCAUGGAUCAGGUCAAUGGCGACGAGCAAUCUCAGAGCAAGAGCCAUGAGCAGGAAGCCUUUUUAUCCUACGGCAGCAAACCCAACAUGGAACUGCUAUUCCUCUAUGGGUUCACGCUACAGGACAACCCGACGCAAUUCUUGACACUGCCGAUGCCAAUGGACGAAGAUGACCCCUAUUACAUGCCCAAGGCACACACGUUGAUGAGGCUGGGUAUUCCUCCGAGGAUAGCCAUAUACUUGGACACGAAUGAUGGACCCGAGGACCUGGUGAAGCUCUGUGACGGUCUAUGGAUCACACAAGAGUCUCAGUAUCUGCUUUGGAUCUACUCACUCAACGAAGAGGACGGUCUCGGGGCAUUGAUCGAGGAACCAACAUUCAAGGUCUGUUUACCGGACAAGGCUCAAGACAUCGACAAUAUGAUAAAGGAGGACGAAAUGAUGGAGGAAGCGGAUAUAAUUGAUGAGGACACCGUCGGUCGUCUUUUAUUGACGGUUCAGGAUACCAGAAUUGUUUCGAAGGAAUUGCUUCAUAUGACGAUACCAAAGCUGGAGAUCUAUCCGGUACUGAUCCUGCGAUCAUUAGUGCUUGUGGCUACGCAGAUCGAGAUCUAUAUUACGCGGAUCAUGGAAACAGGCGACAAGGUCCAGAAGGUCUUAGAUGCAGAGAUCGUGAGUGCUAUUAACUACGACAUUGGGUCGCCGUCUGAUGCCGGAUCGAUCUCUUCUUCAAAGGAUACUGAGGUACCAGCGGCGAAACUGCGACGCAAUACCAACGUUGGCGAAUGUUUGAUACCAACACUGCUUGAGCCGGACCAUGAACACCCCAUCACAACUCGCCAGGUCGAGGCCGAGGCCCUAGUUUUGCACCUGGCAUCGACCAUGAAGAGCUAUCGGAACGAGGAGAUGAGCCUACUGGUCCACAUUGGUAAUAUUCUCGGAGAAGCACAGACACGCGCUCUGGAAGAGAGCGAGUUUAUCCAGGCAUACCUGUCGCGCAUGCAGAACGAUGAGGCGAAAGCAGAGGCCUUAGACAAAGAGUAGAACUAUUGAUUUGACAGCCUGUACUAUAUUAUAACAUAACGCACUAUACUAUAACAUACUCUACAAUAGCAAUGUAUCGUUCUUGUAGAAUAAACGCGAUGCAUGUAG